AUGGCGGCGCUGGUCUGCGCCUUCCUUCCGCUUCCGUCUCCCAGAGGACCAUGCGUGGGUCACGUGCCCACGGUGAGACGACUGUGCGUUUCAAACCGUCCACCCGUUCGCAGGGUCAAGGGGGCGGAGAAGCUGUUUUGCAGGGCCAAAGCGGCCAACGGGGGGCUGUUUCUCAAGGAGCAGAACCGGUUCUCUACCAUUUCCAUCUCCGCCUGCACGCUGUCUCUAUUUUGGGGUGAAGCGAAAAGGAGAAGGGCGAAGAGCGAAGAGCGAAGAUCGAAGAUCGAUGAUCGAAGAGAUCGAAGAGAUCGAAUUGCCAACAGCAUCCCAGCAGACAGGCGGCUUCCUGGCGAAGCAGACAUGGCAGAAGGCGGCGUGCAGACGACAGCGCUGCCGAUGAUGGCGGAUACUAUGCCCGCGGCGACGUCCGACUACAGCGCCAUGUUUGUGCUGCUGGUGACGCUUCUCGGCUUUGUGCUGCCGAUGCUGCUGGUCUAUCCGCCGGUGAGGCCGCGGCCGAGCGACUUUCUGAACGAGACGCACAGCCGGCUGGGCGUCCAGAAGGACGAACGGAACCGAGACAGAGCGGACAAGAAAGACGGCCACGUUUCCGAACUCUGGAUCUACCCGAUCGAGGCCUGUCGCGGCAUCCAGCUGUCGCGCAGUCGACUUCGGCCGUCCGGACUCGAGCUGGAUCGGCUCUUCUCGCUUGCCCAGCGCAAAGGACCCGACGCCUGGGUCGAGCUCAGGGCCGCGCACUUUGCCCGCCUCGCCGCCCUGCAGGUCGAGCUCUGGCGCCCCGACCGCGCCAAGGCCCAGCGCUGGCAGGAUCGCAUGCGCGCCAGCGACAGCACCGAUCGCGCCUCCACGCUGGCCCAGACGUUUGUGCUGGUGCGCUAUCCCUGGGGCCCGGAGCGCCGCGGUGCUGCCGGCCUGUGGGAACGCCUGUCGGCCAAGCUGGCCCGCGGAUGGCGCGCCGUGCCCGAGGUCGAGAUCGUCUUUCCUCUGGUCGAAGCGGAAGAUCUCGCCUCUGCAUCCACGACUACGACUGUCUGCAAGAGCUCAGACGGCCGCGUCGUGCCCGCCAUCGACCUCUCGGCCGAGAUUCCUCCUUCUCUGCAGCUCUACCUCGGCGUCAGCUGCCAACUCGGCCUCUUCCGGAUCGUCGACCAGAAACCGGCUGCUCCUGUCUGCCUGCUCAACAACAACAGCAGCAGUAGCAUCAGCCUCGACCAGCAGCGGCUCUGCCCCAAUAUCGUCCUUUCUGGUGUUCCUGCUCACGACAAUGACUCGUGGAAGACGGUCCGGCUCAGUCCGUCUCUGCCUGGUGCAGACCACCCUCUGGAUGCCCGUUUCCAAGUCGACCACGAUACAGAUGGCCACCGCUUGCUGUUGACUCCCCUGUUUCCCCAGAAAAAUGGCUCGGAGCCCGUGGAGCUCACCAUCGACGUCGGCAUGGCCGUCAAUGUGGUCGAGCGCGAUGAGCAAAGUCACGUGAGAUGCUGA